UUGUUGUGUACUUUGACACCGUUACAUAAGCAGUGUUAGCGGUCCACUGCAAACAUUAGCUACAAGCUAAUCGCCUCAUAGAAGACGUUCCAGGGAAAAUAUUUUAAUAUAUAUAUUUUUUUCUGUUAACAUGGCUCUACGGGCGGCAGACAGACUGAAAGUUGUCCUGAACCACCUGGACCGUUCCGGUCUUAGCGUAUGUACAUCCUUUACAUCUGCACAGAACCUGUCAUAUCACCAUCCUGAAGCACUUCAGUACACCUUUGAUACAGAUGUGCUUUCUCCAGAGCAAAGGCUUGCUUAUGAAGAAGAUGGCUUCAUUUUGAUUAAAAACCUGGUUUCUGAAGAGGACAUCAACAGAUUUAGCAAAGAGUUUGAGCAUAUUUGUAAAAGAGAUGUGAAGAUUCCUGGCUUGGUAAUAAUGCGAGAUGUGUCCAUUGCCAAGUCUGAGUUUGUGCAGGGGGAGAAGGCUGUGACUAAACUUCAGGACUUCCAAGAGGACCCGGAGCUGUUCCGCUACUGCACUCUGCCUCAGAUCCUAAAAUAUGUAGAGUGUUUCACGGGCCCCAACAUCAUGGCUAUGCACACCAUGCUCAUCAACAAACCCCCUGAUACAGGAAAGAAGACCUCUCGCCACCCCAUGCACCAGGACUUGCACUACUUCCCAUUCCGACCAGCUGAUCGCAUCGUGUGUGCCUGGACAUCAAUGGAGAAAGUAACCCGCCAGAAUGGCUGCCUGGUAGUGCUGCCUGGCACCCACAAGGGGACCCUGCAGGAGCACAACUACCCAGAGUGGGAGGGUGGGGUGAACAAGAUGUACCAUGGCAUUAGGAACUACAACCCCAACCAUCCCAGAGUGCACUUGGAAAUGGAAAAAGGAGACACUGUUUUUUUUCAUCCUUUGCUUAUUCACGGCUCAGGAAUGAACAAAACGCAGGGAUUUCGAAAGGCCAUCUCCUGUCACUAUGCUAGUGCUGAUUGUCACUACAUUGAUGUGAAAGGAACAACUCAGGAGAAUAUUAGUAAGGAAGUGGAAGAGCUGGCUCUCAAAAGAGUUGGGGAUGACGUCACUCUUUCCUUUCAGGAUUCCUGGGCAAUUAGGGGACGCCUGGUCCAAGGAGACAGGACAUCACUGUGAUCCUUAUUUCCCACUUCAGUGUCUGCAUCACAGAAGAAUAACUGACAUCACUAAACAGUGUGUAAUAAUGUUGUCUAGGAGGUUAUGAUUUAAACAAUAAAGCUAUCGAAAUGCUGCGGUAACGGUGUAGAAUAUGGGUACAAAGCUAUGUAGUAUUCCCAUUUCAAAGCUACAAUAAAUAACUCUAAUGUAGUAAAAAGGCCUGAUGUUCAACAGAUAAUUGCACAUGCUGUGUGUAUAGACAGUUAAAGUACGUCUGAGCUUUACGUAAAGAGAAAUUUGUGCCUUCUUUAAUCAGACAAGGUUCAUGAACAAUGCUGUACAUCACUGUAGUCAGAUGGAAGCUGAAUGUAAUCUGUGUGCAAUAGGCAAAAUGUUUUCUGUUUAAGUGCAUAGUCCACAUUUAAACUGAAAGCAUGGGCCUGUUAAGAAGUUCUGCUAAUUUUAUCUUCACUUAGUUGUGCUUGUAGUAUGCAAAUUAGAAAUUUAUCAUAGAUUUUCUUUACAUUUUUUAAAUGGUUUUAAAUGCUUUGUAAUUAAUAUAUUUUCUUGUAAUUGUGUGAAAAUAAAUGUAAUUUUAAGUGGAGCAGUUCAUGUGAGGAAACCCACCAACACCCCAGAGUUGAAGCUGUUCUGUACGGAGGAAUGGGUUAAAAUUCCUCCAAGCC